AUGGCUUUUUUCAGAGGUCUCUUGAGUGCAAAGAGGUUUAUUGGUCUCUCUGUAGCUGCUACAAGCAAAAGGACAGUUUCAGCGCCAAAGGGGUUUCUUGCGGUGUACGUUGGAGAGAGCCAGAAGAAAAGAUUUAUAGUGCCAAUCUCAUACUUGAGCCAACCUUCUUUUCAAGCUCUUCUCAGUAAAUCUGAGGAAGAGUUUGGAUAUGACCAUCCAAUGGGUGGACUAACGAUUCCUUGUCCUGAAGAUACCUUCAUCAACGUGACUUCCCGGCUUCAAUGAUGAUGUUCCAGAAGAAGAAAACACUGACAUUAGUUAGAUAUAGAAUCAUUAAAUGUAUAUAUGUUAACCCUUUCCUCUUUCUUUGUCAAAGAGAGUUGUUCAAGAGGUUACAUAACUCAAAUGUUUAUGCCAUAUUUCUAUGUAAGGACAAUGGUUUCUAUUAUACAAAUUGCAACAAGUUUUUUGAGAAGAAAGUUCAUCAUUCUUGCA